ACGCGCCCACCGCCCGCCCGCCGAGCAGCCGGGCUGCCGCGCUCGGUUUCUCCGCGAAAGCCGGCCGUGUACCUAGGAAUUAACCGGCCGGCGCGGGAGGGGAGGGGAGCGGGAAGCGGGGCGGGGGGGGGGGAUGCUGAGCGCGCGCGAGAACAAUAAUAAGAUCGUGUUUGCGGUCGCUGCCCGAGGAGGAAUUCGGAGCAGACGCGAGGCCCGGCGCUCGCGCCGCGCCCGGGAGCCCGGGAGGGAGGCCGGCGGCGGCGACAUGAGGCAGGCGACGCGGCGCUGGUAAGCAGCGCGCGGCGGCGGCGGCGGCGGCGGGGACCUUGGCGCGGCCGGACGCGGGCGAGCGCCGAACGGCCGGGGGCUCCCCUCCCCCGCUGCCGGGCCGUGAUUUGCCGGGCCUGCUGCGCCCCCCGCCCACCCCUUGCCUCAGCCGCCGCCUCGCCGCUUCCCCUCGUCGGAGCGGCCGCUCGUCCGUCCGGCUUGAGGCCCGCGGGGAGUGCGGCGCAGUCCGUCGGCCCGCGGGGGGGCGGCCUCCCGGCAUCUUCGCGGCGACCAAGGACUACCAGGAAGGGGAGCGGCUGGGAUGGCGCGUCCGCGUCCCCGCGAGUACAAAGCGGGCGACCUGGUCUUCGCCAAGAUGAAGGGCUACCCGCACUGGCCGGCCCGGAUUGAUGAACUCCCAGAGGGAGCUGUGAAGCCUCCAGCAAACAAGUAUCCUAUCUUCUUUUUUGGCACCCAUGAAACUGCAUUUCUAGGUCCCAAAGACCUUUUUCCAUAUAAGGAGUACAAAGACAAGUUUGGAAAGUCAAACAAACGGAAAGGAUUUAAUGAAGGAUUGUGGGAAAUAGAAAAUAACCCAGGAGUAAAGUUUACUGGAUACCAGGCAAUUCAGCAACAGAGCUCUUCAGAAACUGAGGGAGAAGGUGGAAAUACUGCAGAUGCAAGCAGUGAGGAAGAAGGUGAUAGAGUAGAAGAAGAUGGAAAAGGCAAAAGAAAGAAUGAAAAAGCAGGCUCAAAACGGAAAAAGUCAUAUACUUCAAAGAAAUCCUCUAAACAGUCCCGGAAAUCUCCAGGAGAUGAAGAUGACAAAGACUGCAAAGAAGAGGAAAACAAAAGCAGCUCUGAGGGUGGAGAUGCGGGCAAUGACACAAGAAACACAACUUCAGACUUGCAGAAAACGAGUGAAGGGACCUAACUACCAUAAUGAAUGCUGCAUAUUAAGAAAAACCACAAGAAGGUUAUAUGUUUGGUUGUCUAAUAUUCUUGGAUUUGAUAUGAACCAACACAUAGUCCUUGUUGUCAUUGACAGAACCCCAGUUUGUAUGUACAUUAUUCAUAUUCCUCUGUUGUGUUUUGGGGGGGAAAAGACAUUUCAGCCUUUUUUAAAAGUUAUUGAUUUAAUUUCAUGUUAUUUGGUUGCAUGAGGUUGCCCUUAACCACUAAGGAUUAUCAAGAUUUUUGCGCAGACUUAAUACAUGUCUAGGAUCCUUUUAUCAAGGCAGUUAUGAUCAUCAUUUUCCUGCCUUGACCCCACCAUCACCAAACACUCAGUUAAAUAUAAAUUAACAUUUUUUAGAUGACCACUCAACAUAAUGCUUAAGAAUGGAAUUUCCUCUCUUUGACAGACCCAGGAAUUAAUUCCUAAAUACAUAAUGUUGGUAUAUUGAAGACGAAAUUAAAAUUGUCCUUCAGUUUUGAGGCCAUGUGUAAAGUUUAACCAUAUUGUAAAAUAUCUAUUCCGUAUUAGAAAUAGCUAGUUGACAGCUUAUACUUCUCAAAAUUCAUAUUGUUACGUACACAAACUAAGUUUCUAUAUGUGAAGUUAGUGAGUCUUUUUGUGUUACUCCAAAAUAAAGGCAAUGAUUUAUUUUUUCCCAGUGCCAAUACAAUUUUGAGCUAAGCACUCAAGGUGGAUACUUCACAUUUUAAAGCUGGAAUCAGCAACAGCCCUAUGGGAAACCAGACAAAACAUUGACUUUUAAAUGUAGACUUUUAAAAUAAACUGUUUUCUUUUGGAACUACAAUUAGAAUAGUUAAUAUUCAUCCAUAAACCAUUAUUAUGUGUACAUUAUUGUUGCUAUUGUGAAAAUAGAGAAUUUUAUUUAUUUUUAUGCCAGCUUAUAUUGUGAGAACACAUUUAGUCAGUUUGGGUUUUAUCAAUCCUGUUAAUGCUUGUCCUUGGAACAUCUUUUGCAUAUUCAAGGUUUGUAGUUGAAAAGUUUACUGUAAAAAAAUCAAAAACAAAAAAAUGUAUUGUUUUUACAGAAUAAAUUUAUUGGAAUGUGUACUGGGAGUAAGAUUUGAGGUUGUAAGCAAACUAAGUUAGUGUAAUUUGGCUUCAUAUAUGUAAUGUGAGGUAUUAAUGUAAUUCAUAUAUUAAAGCAAAAAUUGUUCACAGCAAGCUGACAAUAGAAUCAAGUGCAGGUGAGGGUUUUUUCUUUCUUUUUUUUUUUAAACACUCGCUGGGUUUUAGAUUAUUUGAAAACACUGUAGGGGAUGAAGGGGAGAUGACUACAUGAUUUGCUUACACAUGCAUAUUUACCAGCCCUGUGGACCCUAGAUUUUGUAACCUGAUAUUAUCCAUGCAUUGAUUUGUAUCCCAUUUUCUUUUGGUUUUCUUUGUGAGAGCUAAUAAAAACAUGAGAAAAUG